UUAGACCACAUCGUCUAUAUUAAAGGUUAUCAAUGCUAUUGGUUUAUUUACUCUUCUUGGACCAAUACGACGUGAGGAUGAGCGACAAGGAUCCAGUGAUGUGUGAACUGAUACAAGCUUCUGGUUCAUACAAUAGACUUUAUACUGGAGUGCUGUUAGUGUCUCAAAGACCAAAUUCAUCUAAGCUUCCCGAGGCCAUCGUAAAAUCGCGUUUUAAUAGCUAUUUAGAUUUGUUUGAGCGAAGAUAGUUUUGAUUGUGAUGUUCGUUAUUGGGAAGAUUAUCGAGGUAAAAAUUCGUAGUGCGCAGCUUGCGGUUUGACGAAAACCCACAACUCCUUCGCAGCAACCUUUUGUAUCCGAGAAGUACUACUACCGACGAAAGGAAGCUUUGGAUCAACGUUCUAGAGUAAGAGAGCUCCAUGCUGGUAAACAGUCAAAGAUGCCUUGAAAUUGGUAUCUGAAUUCCAAGGUUUAAACUGAAAAAAAUGGCGGAAGCUGUUGAAAUCCAAGGAGCUCAGAGAGUAGUGGCUUUAAAAUCGUUGAAAAUAUGGCGGGAAAACAAGAAGAAACGCGACGCCAAAUGCGCCGAAAAUCACAAGUUUGCCAACGUAGGGGAGUCCAUCGCCUUGAUGCAGAAUGGAAGCGACUUCAUCAAGCUCAGAAAUGCGUCCAAAAAAUAUCCACGUACCUACUUUAUUGAUUCUGCGCUCCUAAAUAUCUGUUGGACGCCUUCCAAGAAAGGGGACCGUGCUCGAAUUCCAAUAAGCGCCAUUAAAGAAGUACGUGAAGGUAACAUGUCCGAUGCCUUCAGUCAAUGCAACGAGGUGUUCCCAGAGGACCGAUGUUUCUCCAUCAUUCAUGGYGACUCGUUCGUCGCACUGGACAUUAUUUCUUUGUCCAGAGAAGAGAGUAUGCACUGGUUGAUAGGACUUCGAUAUCUGAUGGCAAAACAUCUAGGAUUAUGCCCAGGCGUGGACGAGCACAUGCAAAGACAGAUGGCACGUGAUCAAUGGCUUAGAGAGAUAUUCACAACUGCAGAUAAAAGUGGUGAUGGUUUUCUUAGCAUCGAGGAGGUGUUCUCCUUGAUGCAUAGAAUAAACGUCAAGAUUUCCAAUAAGAAGCUUCGUGAGACCUUUAAAGCCGCUGACACCAACACCGAGGACUCAGAAGGCUUGUUGGAUUUCCAAGAGUUUGCGGCGUUUUACAAGAGUAUAUCGACAAGACCUGAACUCUAUAUGCUCUUAAUAAAGUAUGGAAAUGGGAAGGAAAGUCUUACUGUCGAUGAAUUGGUGGCUUUUCUUAAAACAGAACAAGGGUUAGAAGAAGAUAAAGAUUACUGCAAAUCAGUCAUAGAAAAACACGAACCAGCAGAAGAUAAUCGUGUGAAUGAAGUUCUAGGRAUAGAUGGAUUUACAAACUUUCUUCUCAGCGCUGACGGAGAGCUUUUUAAUCCCAAACACUACACAGUUAACCAGGACAUGGCAAAACCUUUGUCUCACUACUUCGUUGCAUCAUCUCACAAUACUUACUUGCUCGGGGAUCAGUUGACGUCCACAUCAAGUAUGGACAUGUAUGUCAGAGUACUACAGUCGGGAUGUAGAUGUUUAGAAUUGGACUGCUGGGAUGGUAAAGACGGUGAGCCCGUGGUGUAUCAUGGGUACACUUUGACGUCUAAAGUWAAAUUUAGAUACGUUAUCUUGAAUAUCAACGACUUUGCAUUCAUCGGCAACAGGUAUCCWGUUAUUCUGUCUAUUGAGAAUCACUGUGGAGUUCAGCAACAGAAAUUCAUGGCYAUUUAUAUGAAAGAAAUAUUUAAAGAUAAAUUAAUAUACGCGAAUGAAUAUGGGGAAAAAGAUCUUCCUUCGCCUCAAGCACUUAUGGGGAAAAUUUUAAUCAAGACGAAAAAACUACCCAAAAGUUUAAGUGAAGAUUUAGAUGAAGGUGAAGUUACAGAAGAAGACUCGGCCGAUGAGCUGGAUGACUGUUUUAAGUUUAAAUCAGGAGAUAACGAGACGGAACAAAAGAUGAAAGAAAGAAAGUGUCGUAAAACCCUAGCCUCUCUUAAUCGAUUACGAAUGAACAAAGAAGACGAUGAAAGCGAUGCUCGAGGGGAUUUGAGUUCAGCCAUUGUGUCGUCUGUAGCAGAUGAUGAAAAUAGUGAACUAACAGGAAAAAAGAAACAAAAUCCUAAGGUGAUCAAUGACAUGGAUGAAAUGGGAUUUGCCCUAAACUACCAAUCAGAUGGUCGCAUGUUACAGAUUAAUAAAGGACGCUUCAAAACUAAUGGUAACUGUGGCUACGUCUUGAAGCCUGACAUAAUGGUUCGAGAUGAUUUAAGAUUUGAUCCAAUGUCGAGGAAGGAAGUUGCAACUGUUACUCCRAAAACACUCAAAAUAAGGGUUAUAAGUGGACAGCAGUUACCCAAACCCAAAGAUAGUAUCCUUGGCGAUAGAGGAGAAAUUAUUGACCCAUAUGUUGAGAUAGAAAUCAUUGGGAUUCCUGCUGACAACGCUAAGCAUCGUACGAAGACAAUCGAAGACAAUGGAUUUAACCCAGUGUGGGAGGAAACAAUGACGUUCUUGCUACGCUUCCCURAUAUCGCUUUAGUUCGGUUCGUUGUUUGGGAUGAAGACCCUAUUGGCAGGGAUUUCAUCGGACAAUACACACUUUCCUUCACUAGCAUCAUGCAAGGUUACAGACAUAUUCAUCUCGAGGGACUAGACCAAGCCACUGUAUUUGUUCACAUAUCAAUCUCAGAUCACCAUGGAGACAAGGCGAUAGACAUUUCAGAUAACCUCAUUAAGGAGAAACAACAAUCUGGAGGAGUSAAGUUCAAGAAGCGACUAAUGAGAAACAACUCCAUAAUGUAAGCCAGUAUUCAACCGGUAUGUGUGACAUCCGUACACAAGGGAAAUAUCAAMCCACCCUAUAACUACUUCAAACAGAAGUAGCAAGUACCGUACGCUAUAAUCUGAAUUAACAACCUUUGCAUGAWAAAUCUACCUUCUGUUCAAUGGACUUCGUGUGAAAAACUAAACCUUCGAUUUCUCGUGGCCGGUUUUCCAAAAA